AUGCCUCCUGCGCACUUCUCCACACAUAGCGCUGACGAUUUGAACACCGGCGGCACUUCCGGUACCAUCAGAGAGGGGAGGGCUCGUGCUAUCCUCCUGGCCGACUCGUCCACCAAGCCCGUCAAGCCCGAGGGGCCCGACAUCUCCAUCACGAUUCACGGACGCCUCCCCGAGCACCACAGGUCGACCCCGGCGUACUCGGCUAUCCAAUACGCACCCUCCUCCCUGUGCCUCCGUUCCGGUUCCGGUCUGAACCGGCUCGCCACCGAGACGGAGAUGCUCUGCGCGGACGUCGUCCAGCAGGAGGGCAUCGGAUUCCACUUCGGCACCUGCAUCCCCGCAGGCGCACCUUCCGUGGCCGAUGCGGAGCUGGUGCAUUGGGCGACGGUGCAUCCGCGGGACCCCGCCGGCUGGCCGGGCACGGCGACACAACUGGAGGGCCACGACUGCACGACGGAGCCCGUUCGCGACUGGCCCGGGUGGGUGUGCGAGUUCCAGUUCGAAGACCGGGGCGGGCAGGACGGAUCACGCGUCGUGCGCCCCUCCUUUAACCCCCCACCUCACCACCUCGGCGAUGCUCUCUCCCCGCGACGCACACCUGCUCAUGCGCACACGACACCCUCACCUCUCGCCCGCCUCCGGACGACGGCAACAUGCUACCUCCGGGUGAGGCAUGCCGGUUCCGACUCACAACUACCCUCCGAUCGAGUGUCGGCCUCACCAAACGCGUACGGCACCUCGAAGACUCGGCCAUGUCGCUCUCCUCGCCCGGCACCGAGGCUCUGGCGUCGCUCGCGCGUCGCGAUCCUCACCGCCACAUGGCAGGCGAGAGACAGCGUGCAGUGGUUUCCCGCCGCACCGCACGUGAAGCUGAGGACGAGGCCGUAUGCAUACGGACCACCCCUCAUGGUCCUCGCCGGCCACGAGCUGCGCGAGAUGCACCUCAAACCCGCCUGUGGUCUGGCGUAUUUCCUCGCUCUCUCCGCCGACGUGACGCUGACUUCCACACAGCAGCUGCGCCUUCAAUGGCAAUCCCCCAACAUACGACCGCCUUCGAGGCCAGUCCGGCGAAAGUAG